AUGUACAACGCAGGAUAUCCGUCCAGACACCAGUCCUACUAUCAGCCCUCAUCUCAACCUCAAGGAUAUUAUCGAAACCAACCACCGCCAGCGCAAUACUAUGGUCCGCCGCCUGGUGCAGAUCCCCAACUAUGGCAAUGGUUCUCCAACGUCGACAAAGAUCAUUCGGGAUCUAUCACUGUUCAUGAGCUACAGAACGCCUUGGUCAAUGGCGAUUGGACCAGGUUUGAUCUAGACACAGUGAAGAUGCUGAUGUCGAUAUUCGACACGGACAGAAGUGGAACAAUCAAUUUCACAGAAUUCGUUGGACUCUGGAAAUAUAUUUCUGACUGGCAAAAUGUAUUCCGCCACUUCGAUAAGGACAGGUCGGGGUCGAUUGAGGGACGGGAGUUGUCUGAGGCAUUGAGAAGUUUCGGGUACAACCUAUCCCCUCCGCUUCUCACCCUCAUCGAGCAAAAAUAUGCUUCUGAACCCGUCAGUGGAUACGGCCCACCUCCAGGAAUAACAUUCGACCGCUUUGUGCGUGCAUGUGUCAACGUGAAGACUUUGACGGAAGCCUUCCAAAGGGAGGAUACCGACAGAGAUGGGUGGAUACAAAUCAGUUACGAGCGCUUCAUGACGAUUGUUCUUAGUGCUCCCUGA